UACGCUAAUUCUGUUCAAUUGAAUCCAGGGACAGGUGAUUGAAGAGUGAGGGAAAUCGGAUUAAAACAGCUGAAAUCUUCCAAGAUGUGUGGAGAAUGUGUCAAAAGUAAAUGCCCAGACAGGGGCAACACAUGUUUGGACAAUGGCUCUUACAUUCUCAAUUUCGACCACUGUGCUGAGUGCCAGAAACGAGAGCCAAUCAAGAUCACACAGAGGAAUGUAGAGGUCAAAGAUGAUGGAGAGGAGGUCAUAUCUUAUGAACACAAAUGCACCUAUUGUUGUCAUUUGAUAGCUGAGCAUGAACACACAUUCACAAUAGAAGGGGAGUAUCAGGAAUAUGCCAUGUACUGUUUACUGUGUGGGGUCGGGAAUGACACCAUUAGUGUUCAACCAGUUGAUCCAAGAAAAGAGACAGCCCUCUUCUAGCCAGCAACCCUGAGAUACUCCCAGUAUAAAAAACAACGUUGGCCACUACAACAAUUUGUUUUAUGAACUGGAAGGAAACAAAAUGGCACCUCAGAGAUCAUAAGAGAACGUAGAACUGGAGAAGUACACAGUGGAGAUGUUUGAUCUCUGUGAGUCUUGGAGGUCAUAGGUUUAGGCAAUGACAAUAGUGUUUGGAAAUCAUCUGGUGGGUGUUUCAUAAAGCUGUUUGAA